AAAGGAGAAUGAGACCUGGUCAGAUUCGUCCGCUUUCCAUCACGUUACUUUGCAUGAUACACAGAACCCCACACAAGCUCCCGUAGUAAGAAACGACAGCCAAUCUUUAGGUGUGCCGCAGGCCAUCCCAUUGAUCACCGCUAAUCACUCGCGGUUGCUACGGAAACCUUUACAGAUAUGUCAGGCACGUUCAAACGACAGGAACGGCAGACACGAGUCCUUGAUGUGUCUUUCAUGCAGCAAAGAGUUCAGAAAUUAUCGUACGCUCAAACGCCAUCUUAGGACCCACACUGAUGCAAAACGGCACGUGUGCGCAUACUGCGGCAAGGGCUUCCACGACGCGUACGACCUGAAGCGGCACCGGCGCAUCCACACGGGCGUGCGGCCGUACAAGUGCCACGGCUGCGCGGCCGCGUUCACGCAGCGCGUCUCGCUCGAGGCGCACGAGACGAAGCUGCACGGGGCGCGGUCUGCGCUCGCCUACAAGCAGCGCCGUGCCAAGGUCUACGUCUGCGAGGAGUGUGGCCACGCGACGGAGCACGCUGACACGCACUGCGCGCACGUUCGCGCCGCGCACCCGCACCGCCGCGCGCUGCUCAACGUCCACGACAAGCGCGCAUUCCCGCGUGGCGGCGACGACGACCGCCGGCGGGGGAGCGCGAGGACGGACGGUGGCGGAGAGAGCGCGAGGACACCGGGGGUUGGAUGCGAGGCUCGCGCCCGCAUUUGGCCGAUCGUCGGUCGAGUAGAGCUCGGUACGGAUGCUGCGUAUCGCGCAGAGCUCGGUACGGAUGCUGCGUACGGCGAUGAUCAGGUUACGGGUGAUAUGCCGAUGGAUCUCUCUGUGCAUCGUUGGCGAUGGCCGGUGCACACGUACACACACGACACAGCAACCUCAGCUAAUGGUCACCACUUUGAAGGCAGCUCCUCCUUAGCUUAGGCUACGCUACCCUAACGCUAGCUGAAGGUGGCAUCUAGUCUAGUUAUUUAAAGCUAGAAGGCUACAGUCUACGAGGCCUGCAGUGGUGGGAGUAGACCCAAGCAUAGGUUACUCCUAGUAGUACCCUGAAGUUGUAGGCACGAGUUGUCUGUACUAUGUGAUCAGGAGUCUAUCAAUAUUGAUAGACUCCUGAUGUGAUGUAUGUGCACCGAAUCUGGCGCGCAUGGUUGUUUUAGAAAUUGCAUUUCCAUUUUGUUCUGGUACUGAAUUUUGUGAUAAAAAAUCGACCAGGUGAUUUAUUUAGCAUGCUGUUGUGCAUUGUAAAUUAUGAAUUUAUAACAAGGUUUUAUUUCAUUCUUGUAGUUCAUGUUGUAUUAUAUGAUAUAAGCAACUCGUAUGAGGGGAUGACCACAGCUAAAGAAAUAAUUUCUUUACAAUUGUCUUGCAUUUUAUCACACGACUAUUUUGCUUUAUUUCUACCUAUACUAUCUAACAAUGUCCAGCGUGUGCCUGAUAAUUUCUGACGAUUUGCAUCCCGUGUCUAUUGUCCACUGAAUAUUCAUCUACCCAUCUCAGGAAAUGACUUUCUAAAUGCAUUCCUUGUCAUAAAAUAUCAUAUAUGUAAAUUAAAAUGAGGUGAAAGUGUCCAGUAUACUUCUCACAUAUGCUUGUCCUCCUCAUCCCAAGGUAGUCGCUAGAGGUUGCUGUCUUGCAUGCAUUAUAUCUGUGAACACUCCCCUGUGCGGCUUUAAUAAUGUAGGUGUUGCAUAAAAUAUUACGUGUCAUGGUUGUGUUGCUGAAUUCACCUUGUAGUUACUUUAUUAUUUAAAAUGAUGAUUGUCAUUAUAUUCAUGUUGCAGUCUACAAUUAUUUAUAGUAGCUAGGAAAUUUAUGAAGUAUGUCGUUUUAUGCCUCAACUUUAUUCUUUCUCUUGGACAUUGCUGAGUAAUCAUAAAACU